AUGGCAACCACCAACAGCGCCUCCGGCGGCUUUUUCCACCCCGCAACCCCGCCCGCCUCCUCCAUCGCCUCGGCGACCAACAGCACCACGACGACGACGACGCGCCUCCCCCACCCGCGCUCGAAGCCGCUCAAGGCGGGCGGCACCAUGGAGUCGGCAUUCAUCCGCUUCACGGACGACCGCGUCAGGCAGAUACGGAGGCGGUAUGCGAAGCGCGGCGCCGCGGAUGACAGCGCAGAGCCGAGUAGUGGCGGCGGCGGCGGCGGUGAUGUGAAGGGAUACACGAGCCUGAAAGAGGCGUUGCGGGAUGUCGACCAGCUGAUGGACUUGGUGUGGGUUUCUGGGACUCCGAGCUUGCAGAUCGCGUACCUCCUCACGCUCGCGGACCUCGUGAACGAGUGCAUGAAGGGAUUCCCAGUGUCGCCGAAGUCGUUGUUUCACUCGUUGGACAAGCUGGAUCAUGCGUUUGCGUCGUUGAUUCAGGGACGCGAUGUGGAGACCGGUGAUGAGCUGCCCGGGUUUGAGGGCGGGAGGAGGGUGAAUGCGACGGAGAAGGUCAGGAUUAAUAGUAUGGUGCAUUACUCAAGGUCAGCGGUGGUGGAAGCCAUGCUGAAGUGCGAUCCGGAGAUGGAUGACGUGGAGGAAGAGGAGUCGGCGCUGGAGUCAGGCACGGAUGUAGACUGGGAUCAGGCGGACGACUAUGGGGCUGGUGAUGAUGGGGAAGAGACAUGGGGCAUGAAGACGGCGAAGGUCUUUGACAGGACGCUGGUUGAGUUGGGAGACGACCUAACCAACGCUCCACCUAUUGGCUUGAGGGUGGAGAAGCCCGAGGAAGCUUGCCGACCACGGGAGCUGGAGUUGGAAGAUUCGGACCGUGUUAUGGAUCUGGAUGAUUGA